GUUACACAAUGUUUGAGGAAAUCCACAUUUUAAAAUUAAAAUAUCAACAAUGGCGACCAACUUUCUUUUAUGAUAUUAAUAGAAAGCUAAUUUACAGUAACAAGUAUAUUAGCUUAAAUUGAAUUAUUUUGUAAACGGCAUGUGGCUCAAGACCUGCCAUGAAGUUAGAUGAGUUUGAAAUCCGUUUUGAUAAUCCAAGGGGUGUGUUCAGUGCAGGAGAGAAUGUUAGUGGAAAUGUUAUUAUCAAGUUAACGAAACCAAUGAAAAUGAGAUGUCUACAGCUUUACUUUGAAGGUCGUGCCAAAUCUCAUUGGGAGGUCAAACAAGGACGAAGCAAAACAGACUAUCGAGCUGGGGAGAACUAUAUCAAUCAUACAGUCGUACUGUUUGGAACAGGUCAGAACAGUAUAGAACAUCCAUCUGGCCUUCAUGCAUAUCCAUUUGUUCUUCAUUUGUCACCGACAUUGCCUUCAUCCUAUGAGGGACGCAGAGGUUACGUCCGAUACUUUUGCAAGGCAACGAUCAACCGUCCCUGGAAAUUUGAUGAGCACACAAAAAGAGCUUUUACUGUUAUUCACCAUUUAGAUCUGAAUGCUGAGCCUACAGCUUCAAUGCCUGUCUGGGGAGAACAAGAAGAAGUUAUAGAGGGCUGCUGUUGUUCAUCUGGAAACAUUCAGGCUCAGAUGACAUUGAACAAAACAGGUUUUGUGCCUGGGGAGCCACUCAACUAUACAGUGGACAUCAUAAACAAUACAGACAAUGAUGUCACUGGACUAGAAGUGGAUCUUAAACAGGUGGUCAAAUACACUGGAUAUUCUGACAGUAUAUUUUCCUCUGGUCAUCCUAAGUUCCAUGUUAAAAUCGACAACUAUCCUCUCUUUAGUGGUCCCUACCACAUCAAAAAACACUCGGAAGGUCAUAUAAGCAGGUCAGUCUGUAUACCUGCACUUCCCCCGUCACGUCUGGAUGGAUGCGGCAUCAUUGAAAUUUCCUACUCUGUUCAUAUGCAGCCUCUUGUUCGGUGGUCCUCUCUUCAGAUUGAAAAAGAUAUCGUCAUUGGCACCAUACCUUUACAGAGCCCAUUGGCCCCUCCACCCUCUUUCAAUGAGGUCUUCCCUGUGUCCCCGUCAGCGCCUCCCAUGGAUUUAGCUCCACCCCCUUAUCAAGAACCUCCUCCAACGUAUGAAGAGAGUGUCUUUGGUCGUGUAGAAAUCAGAGAUGAAAAUGAUGAUGCACAUACUGAAGGUAAUAUGUCCUGGGCGCCUUCUUAUCCAUAUUACCACUGGGAUCCUAGCACGAGACACUUUCAGAUGAUCGCAUCAGUAACUGGACCUGCAGGUGAUAUACCUUCCUAUAACCCAGAGGGACAGCCUGCUAGUCAACUAACUCCAUGUCCAUCAUAUAACCAGUUGUAAAAAAAAAAAAAGAGAUCAUGUCAGCACAGCUCAGCAAUAGUCCUGCACUCAACAGGAACUGUAUACUGUGUACUGAAACUUUCUGAAGACAAUAGAAAUGUGUUUUCUUAAGCCUGGUAGACUAGGACUAGAGUGUGUAACUAGGCUGACAUUUUUCUAAACUUCCAAGCAUGCAUGUGUUGCUUCAAUUCUGAAUGUACAGUGGUAUGUUUAGGAAGGAAUGGUGCUGGGCCUUGUAUCUUCAAUCACUUGGUUUGAGGGCAGCAGUCACAAUUGAUUUUGUUUUUUCUACUUCAAUAUGUUGAUCCAACUUAUGAAGGACAUCAAUGAGAUCUUGGGCACAAACAUUCAGACAUUGAUCUCCAGGUGGUUUGUUGAUUUAAUUGUCAUUUAUUGUACAUGGCCCUUUAACAUUUCCUUAAAGGAUGCAGGGUAAUUUGUUAAGAAACACUACAGUUGUGAUUCCCAAACUUUUGUUAGUCUUGGCCUCAACCUUUACAUUUUAGUAGUCUACAACACAGCAGUUUGUGUUUUAAAAAAAGCUUUUACAUGCAAACAACCUUCAAGGUUAUUACUUAUGCUAAGAAACCAUUACUUUACAGGUAUUGCUUAGCGCCAACUUUUAGCUUGUAAUUAUUCCCUAAUUUAUUGAUGUAUUAUCAUUUAUAACAUUUAAUACAAUGCCAUAAAUACAUCCUUCACAUUUAAUAAUAAUAAGUUCUGUAGCUAUCCCAAAACUUUUUUUUUAACACUUUUUCUUUAGUGUUAUACUGGGCUAAAAGCAACAAUGAAUUAUACCUAGAAUAUGCUUGCUUCUUGAAUGAUUACAUUGUGGUUCUAGCUUUAAAGAUAUAGACUGACAACAAAUGUCACAGUAUUUGAAAUACAAUGUUGUUGUAUUUGAUGUUGAGGUAGGAGACAAAGUAUAAGAAGUAUAUACCCACCAGUUUUCAGAACUGUCCAUCAUAGUUUUUGUAAUGUUUAAACAGAUGUAAUUAUUCAAUAGUUUAUGUUACAAAACACUUUUUUUUUUCAAUAUAUUGUUGAAACAUUCAUUGAGUGUCUCAUGUCUUCUCUAAUUGUUUAUAUGAGAACAAUUUAGAUAUCAUAAGUCAUUUAUAUUUUCAAGUUGGUCUUUUAUUGAAGAAACUUUCAAAUUGAUAUACAACUUUUUUUUAAUGUUGCCAAAUAUUGCUAAUUGCAAGCAUAUGCAAAGUAUCAUGCACCUAGACAUACAUAUUGACUAAUGGAAUGAUCUUUUAUUUUUCCUUUACCUAAGUACCUGACUGGGAAAUUGAUCUUUAUAUCUUUCAUAAUGUGCUUCAAGUAUUUGAGCUAGUAACAGAAAUAGGAAUGAAUUUAAAAAAAAAAAAAACUGGCUUAUAUUAUUAUAACUUAGAAUAUUUUCCGAUAUGUCAAAAAGAUAAUGCAUUUCAUUUCCACUAGUACGUACUUAGCCUCUGCUCUGACAUACAGCAUCAGCAAUGUUUUUGUUCCACCUCAAGAUAUUCGAAUGUGAUGUGCUGCCACUAUUAGAUUUGCAUAUGUAAUUGAAACAAAGUCUUUUCAUUCCAAGUAAAACUGUGUCAUUGUAAAAAAUUCACUAGAUUGCUAACCAAAUGUUUAGCCAAAGUUACUUAUAACUUUUUAUUGUUGAAUGGAGAAUAGUGUUAGUAUCACACUGUUUGGAAAUGGCAUUACAGGUGACUUGUUACUGUACAAGUCUGUUCAUGUCAGCAAGUUACUAAAAAAAAUCAGUAGUAUAACUAAAUGAUGAAGAAAACAUUGGAAAACUAAGAUACUGUCCUUGUGAAUUGUAACAACUAGCUUUUACUGCCUUGCCUACUUCCUGUGCUGCACUAUGCUCAAUGCUUAUGUAUUGGGUGACCAUCCUUUAGAUUGUCUGGGAUAAUGGGAUAAAAAUUGUAAUAAGCCAAAUAAAGCUUUACAGUCAUACGAAAUAUUUGUAAAUAAAAGAAAAUCAAAUUGAAAGCCACUUUAGACAAUUUGAUAAGAGUGUUAUUAGUAACUACUUAGCAAGUGCUGGAUUGCAACAAAUGUAAUCAUCCUCAAUACAUUUAUUAUGGAAAUUUACUCAGAUGAAUCAAUAUAAAAAGCAUUUAAGAAGAAAAUAGUUCUUGUUGGAGCCCUCACUUUGAAUUGAAGGAUAAAAAUCUUCAUCAUAGCACAUUGAUUUCUAAUCUUUAAAGAUAGAAAAAAAAAACAACAGGAAA